AUGAUGCGAAGCGGAAGUAUUCAACAUCUAUGGUUUCUUUGUGGAAGACUAUCCCUUCUUCUCUAUGGUUGGGCCGCGGGGCCGAUGGGAGGCUGGCGGACUGUGCACAUUCUUCCCCUAUUACCUCACUGUCAGGGAGGAGGCUUCUGGGAUAGGGGAGGACCUGGGUGCUGCCUUGCUCCCUUCCAGUCCUCCAGUCCCUCUGCACGGCGGCUUGGGGGAUUCCUCGUCCCGGCUUCGCUGUGCGGCCCCCCCCGCCCCGCCGGGCCCGCUUCUCCGGGGAGCCCCUGCCCAGCCCAUGGCUCCAUGAAGCGGGAGGAGGCGGCGGAGGGGAGGCAGCGGCGGCGGCGGCUGGGCUGAGACGGCAGAGAAGCAGCCUCCGGCGCCGGAGCAGAAGAUUUGGGGAAUAGGAAUGGGACCUGAGAAAAGAGAAUUCAUUCCUGAUAUAAAGUAGCUUCCCCCACACGCUGCUGCUCUCUUGGCAAUACAAGCUUUCUGUUUUCGGGUUCUGCAGUGCUCCAGGCAGCAAGUGCUGAAUCAGGAUGGGAAAAAGACGCUGUGUUCCUCCACUUGAGCCCAAGUUGGCAGCAGGCUGUUGUGGGGUAAAGAAACCCAAAUUGUCUGGGAGUGGAACACACAGUCACGGGAAUCAGGCUACAACUGUGCCAGGCUCAAGUUCAGGUCAUCUUCAGAACCACCAGCAUGCAGAUGGGAGUAAUGGACGGGAGAACAUAUCUGACUUAACUUUGGGCCCUGCAAAUUCCCCAAUUACUCGAAUGAAUCCCACUUCAGGAGCUCUGAGCCCACUUUCUCGGCCUAAUGGAACUGCCAACAGUACCAAGAACCUUGUAGUGACAGCGGAGAUGUGCUGCUACUGCUUUGACGUACUCUACUGUCAUCUCUAUGGUUUCCCUCAGCCACGACUUCCUCGAUUUACCAAUGAUCCCUAUCCCCUUUUUGUGACGUGGAAGACGGGGCGAGACAAGCGGCUUCGUGGCUGCAUUGGAACCUUCUCAGCCAUGAAUCUUCAUUCAGGACUCAGGGAAUACACAUUAACCAGUGCACUUAAGGACAGCCGAUUUCCCCCCCUGACCCGUGAGGAGCUACCUAAACUUUUCUGCUCUGUCUCCCUCCUCACUAACUUUGAGGAUGCCAGUGACUACCUGGACUGGGAGGUUGGGAUCCAUGGGAUCAGAAUAGAGUUCAUCAAUGAGAAAGGUGUCAAACGUACAGCCACGUACUUACCUGAGGUUGCUAAGGAACAAGACUGGGAUCAGAUCCAGACCAUAGACUCCUUGCUCAGGAAAGGUGGAUUUAAGGCCCCGAUUACCAAUGACUUUAGGAAAACAAUUAAACUCACCAGGUACCGCAGUGAGAAGGUGACAAUCAGUUAUGCAGAAUAUAUGGCUUCCCGUCAGCAUUGUUUCCAGAAUGGCACUCUUCAUGCCCCGCCCCUCUACAAUCAUUACUCCUGACACAAGGCUGCAUGACCAGUCUCGCCCCCCAGUUGCCACCAACGGCUAUGACAUCAUUGGGGCAGAUGCCUCCUCUUCUUGGUCCAGUUACUUCUAUUACUGCACCAUUUUAUGAUGCUAGCUUCCGUUGCCAAGUCUGCCUUCCAGCUGACCUGGGGGGAAUGAUGUGAGUGUGACAGAACUUCAGGGGCCCAAGCCUUAUCUCAGCCUUCCCUCAAAAUGGGGGUUUAGUUGGAUUGGGGCUCCAUAACUAGGAAUUGCAGUGAGGUGCAGAAGACCUCUGGGAGUGCAAGUGCCACUUCAUAUUGCUGUAUCCUUGUAUGUCCUACACUCUGGAAACUUGAAUUGUUAAUUUUGAAAGCCCCCCAGAUCAAGUAGAAGCGUUCCUCUGGCAGUCUGGGCAACGGAGUCCAACAAAACAUUUUUAGGUUAUUUUAAAUUCUUUUUUUAAUCUGGUAUUUGUUGUGUAUCAAGAUCUGAUUACAGUCCCCAAACAUCACAGGUGGACAUCAUGUUAAGGGGAGGGUUGAACAUCUGGAUAGCACCCCCUCCUGCUGGAUGGAAACCUUUUAAAGAUGUGAACACCCUUUGGAUGGUAUUACAAAUGAAACCAUUGCUUAAACAAACCCCAGAAGGCUUUAAUUCUCAGAUUCUACUCUCAGUUGAAUUCUCCAGCCCUCCUCUUCUGGUUCAUAUUCAGUUUGCUGGUUUAAACAGUCUUUUAUGAUGUAGCCUGCUAUUGAACAGAAAUGGUGAGGUACUUGAGUCUGCCUGGAAGAUCUCCUCUCAAUUACAACUAGGCUUCCUUACUGCUUUAGACACUGGUGGUAGAGCCUACGACGGAUUGGGGAGUGGGAGGGGGCUCUUGCAGGGCAUUGAUUGCAGUCAUACAAAUGAAUCUAGUGCCUGAAAGUUGUUUAAGUCAAGCAAGCACUCUCCGAGACAUUCCUUUCAACAGGACAGCCACUUUCUCUAGGGUGACUGUUGAUCUGAUAUGAGAGUUGUUGAUGUUCCAGUUCAAGGCAGGUCCACAGAGUAAAGCUAUGUAGGUUACCUUGUAAGUCAUUGUCUAACACAAUUUAGUCAUUGCCACACCAAGCAAUUUUUUUUUAAAUAUCAGUUUUACCCAAACCCUAUUAAACUCCUGUGCAUUUUGUAUUUCCUCACCCAUAAUUGCUGAUUACACAAGAUAUUUGCUACUAAAUGGAAGCAUCUUCUUAUCCAGUCUGCAUACUCCUCCUACCCAAGUCCCUGAAUGAUGUCCUGAAUACUGGAUUAUGGCACCUCUAAAUUAAUCAGCAGGGGCUGUAAAAUGAUUAUACAAGCUUCUUACAAAUAUCUUGGUAAUAGGCAAGGAUGGUCAAAGAAAACACAGAUUAACAGCAUAAUGGUCUAAUGGAUAUUUGAUUGCAUAUAUCCUCUAAAAUAUGUGUGGUAAUGCUGGCUUUUUAAAUAGUCUGAUAUUCCCAGCCAGAAAUUUACACAAGUUCUCUCCUUGUGUGGGAAGUGGGUCUGUAAGAAACCUCAAAACUGAGCAUGCUGUUCCUUCUAAUUCUUCUGAAGAAGUGAACAAAACCUUGCAGUUUUGCUUGUCAGUGUCAUGUUGUGCUGCUCUUGGGGGAAUGUAGAUGUGAGGAAAAGGAGGGGGUCCUAUUUUGGAUAUCUGUGCAAUAUUGUCCCAGCCUUGCUUCUGUACUGGGUCAUUCUUAUGAAUUACCACAUUUCCCUUGUGAUGUAGAUGAAACAAGUUUGAAGAUUAAGGGAUUGUUUCACGAUUUCCUGCUGCUGAGAAUAAAUCAGUCUUGUUACAAACUAGAGUGAUUUGUAAUUACUCUCCUAGGUGCCGUGAACUGAUGUGGGAGGGGGCAGGGUCCGGUCUGGACAUACCAUUCACCUCCGCCGUCAAUCAGUACUGAUACAUAGGGCUACACUCGUUACUGUUCAAGUGUUCUAUGUUAGAAUUUGAUUUUUAAAGAUUUAAAAAAGCAAAACAAUUGGUGCUAAAACUUCACCCCUGAGCAUGCUCAGUGAGACUGAUCAUGCAGGUAUAUAGUGCCAGGCUGUUCACCCCUGGGCACACUAGCGAGACAGGUCAUGCAGGCAUAUAGUGCCAGGCUACACGACUCUAUAGUUUAUUUUUCAAAUGUUUGCUCUGAUCUGUGUCUUUGAAAGUGUAUUGUGUUCUCUGGAUUGGAUUGAAUUUUAAUAGAGGAGGGGGUGGGUUAGCUGCCAUUUUAAGAACAGAACUUUAGGACUGAGUGACUUGGUUGUAUUAGAUGGAAGUGGGCUGAAUGGCUCUGGAGUGGGGAAGCCUUACCCCUCCCACUUCCAUCCUCCCCUCCCCCCCACCCAGUCUAUAAAUAAAAAUGUCUCUGUUAAAGAUGGACUGUGUUCUUGUCUUGGUGCUGUGAGUGGAAGAGCAAGCAGACCCAAGAAACACCAGUCUGCUGUCUGAGAACUGGGCACUCUCAGAAUCAGUCCCAAGUGGGGUCCAGUUAGAAAUCAAUUGAAAAGCAUGCCAGUAGUCACAUCAUCUCAGAAAAAUCUCUGGCAGGGGCAGUGGUUCUCAGGAAAUAAUCCUAUUUCUGAAUCAUUAGAUGGCAGGCAUGCAUAAGGAUGAGACAAGUCUGAAAUGAAACAUAUGGCUUUUCAGUUGCCUAACAAGAAGUGGGCAACCAAAAUAAAUGGUGACCACUAGGAUUAAAGAUCGUCUCUACAGGGUUCCCUUCAGUUGCUGUAGCCCUCAGCUGGAUAGCAGGUAAAAUCUGCUCUUUGGAGGGUACCAGUAAUAGUCAGCUGGUUUGGAUUUGGCUCAUCCUUAGCUGAGUGCCUUUUGGUCCAGAAGGGUUUAUUCUCAUGAUAACCAUUCCUGGGAAGUUACCUUGCUGCAGUUAUGCAUUGUCUUGUUUUACAGUAACCACCGGAGAAUGUCUUUGAUCACUGGAGUUGUCAGUGUUGGAAUGUUUUCACUGUGAGGUUCUUAAACUUUUAUUUUUCAUAAUGUUAAACAUCCAAUCUCUAUAGAGGCCAUUUCAGUCUGAAAAGUUUUAUGGUCAAAAUAUCACAUAUAGCUACAGUUUAUAAGAACAAAGAUGUCUAAGAAAUCCUGAAAGUUCAUUUUAACUUUGGCACAGGAUUACCUGUUUUUCAUAAUACGUUAACAUCUGCAGUCUUCACAGACUUAGUGCUGUUUUCUGUUUGUAUUCUGGAACCUACAUGUUUCAUUUUUUGGUUAAUUUUAUUUUAUUUCCUUAAAGCAAGGAGACUUCUUUUGACAUUCAGUGCAGAGAUGUCAGACCAAUUAUUUGUAUUACACUUGGUUGCCUCCUAGCUAUAUAACUUCUGAGUGUAAAUCAUUGAACUCUAUCCUCUAAUGAAGUAUUGUAGAGAAUAAAUCAUAAUGGAUCAAGA